CAAAGAGACAACGAGAGAGAGAGAGAGAUGGCAUCACGAAGGCUCCGAAGGAGGGUGGCAUCACGCAGAAAGCUUAACAUUCUACAAACCCUUUCCAAGUCCAAAUCAGUCAAAAAGAGCAAUAUCAUCAUGCAUGUUCUUACAUACAUCCUCAAGAUGAAACUGCAUAUACAAGCAAUCACAAGUCAAUACCACUGCAAAAAUAUCCAAAAGGUGAAAGUGGAUGCGGUUGGGAGUAAUAGAUUGGUGGUGAAGGUGAGAUGCCUGAAAGGAGAAGGUUUGUUAGUGCGAAUCUUGGAGGCCAUGGAGGAAAUGAAUCUUAGGGUUCUUCAAGCUAGGGCUUCCUCUCAACUCUCCUUCUUUGCCAUGGAUGCCAUUCUUGAAGCUCAUCAAAACCAUUUCAGUGCUGAUGCUAUAACUCAAGCCAUUCUUAAGGCCAUUGAUGAUCAAAAGAGCUAUGAAACCCACAAAUAA